GCCCCCGAAAUUGACAUCAAAGGUCCCAAAGUCGAUGUUGACCUUCCCGACGUUGAGCUGGAAGGUCCUGAGGGGAAGCUGAAGGGCCCCAAGUUCAAGAUGCCCGAGAUGCACAUCAAGGCCCCCAAGUUCUCCAUGCCUGACGUUGAUUUCAACCUGAAGGGCCCCAAAGUGAAGGGAGAUGUGGACAUGUCUCUCCCUAAGCUUGAGGGUGACUUGAAGGCCCCAGAGGUUGAUAUCAAGGGCCCCAAAGUGGACAUUGAGGCACCAGAUGUGGACAUUCACGGCCCUGAAGGUAAACUCAAGAUGCCCAAGUUCAAGAUGCCCAAGUUCGGGUUGUCUGGGUUGAAAGGAGAAGGUCCAGAACUUGAUGUCAACCUUCCUGAGGCCGAUGUUGCUAUUUCCGGUCCAAAGGUUGAUGUUACUGUUCCUGAUCUGGACAUUGAAGGACCAGAAGGAAAACUUAAGGGCCCGAAACUGAAGAAGCCUGAGAUGGGCAUCAACGUUCCCAAAAUCUCCAUGCCUGACAUUGACUUACAUUUGAAAGGUCCCAAAUUGAAAGGCGACGUUGAUCCUUCUAUCCCCAAAGUAGAGGCUGAGCUGAGAAGUCCCAAGCUGGACAUCAAAGGGCCAGAGGUUGAGGUUGAGGGACCAAAGCUUGAUCUGGAAGGAAAAGCAAAAAAAUCCAGGUUUAAACUUCCCAAAUUUGGCUUUUCUGGCCCCAAAGUUCAAAGCCCUGAAGUGGACCUGAAAGUGAAGAAACCCGAGGUUGAGUUGUCCGGCCCCAAAGUUGACGUUGCUGCUCCAGAGGUGGAUGUUCAGGCAAAAACAAAGGGCUCCAAGUUCAAAAUGCCUUUUCUGACCAUUUCCUCACCCAAAGUCUCGAUGCCGGAUGUGGAGCUCAACCUAAAAGGGCACAAAGUGAAAGGGGACUUGGAUGUUUCCAGCCCCAAGUUGGAAGGGGAACUGAAAGGUCCUGAUUUGGACAUCAAAGGCCCCAAAGUCAACAUCGAGGUGCCCGAUGUGGAUGUUCAUGGGCCAGAAGGAAAACUCAAGAUGCCCAAGUUCAAGAUGCCCAAGUUCGGUGUGUCGGGGUUUAAGGGCGAGGGGCCCGAGGUGGAGCUCAGCGUCCCGAAAGCAGAGCUGGAUGUUUCGGGCCCCAGGCUGGAUAUUGAAGGUGCUGGCUUGGAAAUGGAAGGUCCAGAGGGGAAGCUGAAGGGUCCCCAGCUGAAGAUGCCAGAAGUGAACAUCAAAGCCCCCAAGAUCUCCAUGCCCGACAUCGACCUGAACCUGAAAGGUCCCAAAGUGAAGGGAGAUGUGGACGUGCCACUUCCCCAGGUGGAUCUGAAAGGCUCAGAUGUGCAUGUGAAAGGACCGAAAGUGGACGUAGAGGUUCCUGACCUUGACAUUGAAGGUCCCAAAGGCAAACUGAAAGGCCCCAAAUUUAAAAUGCCUGAAAUGAACAUCAAAGCUCCCCAUAUUUCCAUGCCAGACUUGGACUUCAAUUUGAAAGGUCCCAAGUCCAAAGGGGGGGUGGACAUUGACCUUUCGGUGCCAAAACUGGAAGGGGACUUGAGUGUGCCAGAUGUUAACAUCCAGGGACCAAAGGUUGACAUUGAUGCUCCUGAGCUGGAUGUUGAAGGAAAACUGAAAGGUCCCAAGUUCAAGAUGCCCGAGAUGCACAUCAAGGCUCCCAAGAUCUCCAUGCCCGACAUUGACUUCAACCUGAAAGGUCCCAGCCUGAAAGGAGACAUAGAUAUUUCUGCUCCAAAGCUAGAAGGUGACCUGAAGACUCCUGACAUCAGUAUUGGAGGCCCAAAGGUCGACAUUGAGGCACCAGAUGUGGACAUUCAAGGCCCAGAAGGAAAGUUCAAGAUGCCCAAGUUCAAGAUGCCCAAGUUCGGGAUGCCGGGAUUCAAAGCAGAAGGUCCCGAGGUGGAUGUGAACCUGCCCACGGGGAGCCUGGAUGUUUCUGCUCCAAAGGUGGACAUUGAAGGUCCAGAGGUGGACAUUGAAGGUCCUGAAGGGAAGUUGAAGGGCCCCAAGUUCAAGAUGCCUGAGAUGCACAUCAAGGCUCCCAAGAUCUCCAUGCCCGACAUUGACCUGAACCUGAAGGGCCCCAAAGUGAAGGGAGAUGUGGACUUGUCAGUGUCAGGAGUUGAGUGUGAACUGAAGGGCCCUGAAGUCAACAUUGGGGGCCCUAAAUUAGACGUUGAUGCCCCAAAUGUUGAUGUUGAAGGCCCAGAGGGGAAGUUCAAGUUGCCCAAGUUCAAGAUGCCCAAGUUCUCCAUGCCAGGCUUCAAAGGGGAGGGAGUGGAUGUAGAUGUGAACCUGCCCAAGGGAGAUCUUGAGCUCUCAGGCCCCAGCUUAGAUGUGGAGGCUCCUGAUGUGAGUGUGGAUGGAAAAGUCAAAGGUCCCAAAUUUACCAUGCCUGAAAUGCACAUCAAGGCUCCCAAGGUCUCCCUCCCUGACGUUGACUUCAACAUCAAGGGCCCCCAGCUGAAGGGAGGGGUAGAUGUUUCUGGCCCCAGCCUUGAAGGUGAUUUGAAAGCCCCCCAGAUUGAUGUGAAAGCCCCCAAAAUCGACAUCGAGGUUCCUGAUGUGGCCAUUGAAGGGCCUGAGGGGAAACUGAAAGGCCCCAAGUUCAAGAUGCCUGAGAUGCACAUCAAGGCCCCCAAGUUCUCCAUGCCCGACGUUGACUUCAACCUGAAGGGCCCCAAAGUGAAGGGAGAUGUGGAUGUCUCAGCUCCGAAGCUGGAAGGGGAUUUGCAGUGUCCCGACAUUGACAUCAAAGGCCCCAAGUUGGACAUUGAGACACCUGAUGUGAACAUUGAGGGGCCAGAAGGGAAACUGAAAGGCCCCAAGUUCAAGAUGCCCGAGAUGCACAUCAAGAGCCCCCACAUUUCCAUGCCCAACAUCGACCUGAACCUGAAGGGUCCAAAGCUUGAAGGAGGUCUGAAGGGUCCUGAAAUCGAUAUCAAGGGCCCCAAAGUAGAUAUCGAGGGGCCGGAGGUCAAUGGUGAUGGUCUGGAGGGCAAAAUGAAGCUGCCUAAAAUGAAGCUGCCCAAGUUUGGCCUUAAAGGAGAAAGUCCUGAUGUAGACGUGAACCUCCCAAAGGCAGAGGUGGAUCUCUCAGUGCCUAAGGCUGAUAUCAGCGUCCCAGACGUGAGCAUCGAGGGUCCAGAGGGCAAACUGAAAGGUCCUAGACUGAAGAUGCCAGAACUGCACAUGAAUGUUCCCAAGAUCUCGAUGCCUGAGAUCGAUUUGAACUUGAAAGGCCACAAGACUAAGGGAGGCUUCGACAUUUCCACCCCGAAGCUCGAAGGUCACUUGAAAGGUCCCGACGUUGACAUCAAAGGCCCCGAACUUGGAGUCAAAGGCCCCGAGGUUGAUGUUGAAUGUCCUGACCUGAGCAUCGAGGGCCCGGAGGCAAAUGUCAAGUUCCCCAAGUUUAAGAAGUCAAAGUUUGGGUUCGGGAUGAAGAGCCCGAAGGCAGAAGUGAAGGUGCCGGGGGCAGACGUGGAUCUACCCGAGGCGGAGCUGAGCGUGGAGGCACCAGACGUCAACCUCGGGGGCAAGGGCAAGAAGAGCAAGUUCAAGAUGCCCAAACUUCACAUGAGUGGCCCUAAAGUCAAAGGGAAGAAGGGUGGGUUCGAUGUGAACGUGGCCGGGGGAGACCUCGACCUGGAUGUGGCCGGGCCGGACGCGACUGUCAAAGGUGACGUUACAGUGAAGUCUCCCAAAGGGAAGAAGCCGAUGUUUGGGAAAAUCUCCUUCCCAGAUGUUGAAUUUGACCUGAAAUCACACCGGUUCCGAGGAGACGCUUCGGUGGCAGCCCCCAAGAUCGAGGGGGAGCUCAAAGCCCCGGAGUUGGACGUGGCUUUGCCGGCGCUCAAGGGGGACCUGAAAGGUCCGAGUCUCAACGUGGACGUUGAAGCUCCUGAUGUGAGCGUGAAGAAGCCCAAGUUCAACCUUCCCAGUGGGCAGGUGGGCGCAGGGGGCUUGAAAAUAGAGGGUGACCUCAAAGGAGCCUCCAUUGACGUUGUGGUUCCCUCGAUCCCGGUGCCAGACGUCGACUUGAAUGUGAAAGGACCAAAAGGCAAAGGUGAGGUUAAUGUUCCUGGAGCAGAACUGGAAGGUCCCGGAGGGAAGUUGAAGUUGCCCAAGGUGGGGAAAAUGGGUCUUGGUCUGGAAAUGCCAGAUGUGAACUUGGAUCUGUCUGUGCCAGGAGGGGAAGGAAGCGUGAGCCUCCCUUCGGCUGAUGUCAACCUCCGAGGGGGUGACGUGAAGCUCAAAGGGCCCCAAAUCUCCGGCCCUGAGUUUGAUGGAAACCUGAAAGGACCAAAACUAAAGGGAGAUCUGGACAUGUCGAGUUCCCUGGAAGGGCCCAAGGUCAGCCUGGACACGGCGGGAAUCGACAUGGGAGGGAAGUUGAAGCUGCCAAAGUUCAAGAUGGAGGGACCGGACCUGAGCGUGAAGGGAGGCGGAGAGUGCUCGGUGGAGGCAAAAGCCCCGGGGGCAGGUCUCAACCUGGGCACCGCGGGCAUCGAUGUCAGAGGGCCCUCGGUGGAUGUUUCUGCCCCAGAUUUGGAUGUAAACCUGAAAGGACCAAAGUUGAAAGGAGACUUGGAUGUGAAAUGCCCCAAAGCAUCAGUGGAUGCAUCUGACGCCGGCUUUGAGAUCCUGGGUGGCACCAUCAAGCUCCCAUCCCUCAAACUCCCCCAGUUCGGGCUUUCCAGCCCUGACGCUGACCUGAAGCUGAAAGGACCAAACCUGGAUGUCACCGGUGAGAUCAAAGGUCCAAAAGUCAGCGUGGAAGCGCCUCGUGUGGACCUCAAGGAGCCCGGUGUCGGCGUCCACAUCGAUGCUCCAGCCAUGGAUGUGUCUACACUGAAAGUGUCCGGGUCGGGUUUGAACGUCAACGUGAAAGGGCCGAAACUCCACGUGGCUGCCUCAAAGGGAGGUCCCGGUGUCACCGUGGGCACCCCAGAGCCCAGCCUGGGCAAAGUGUCCUUCCCCAAGCUGCGGAUGCCCAAGUUCGUGUUUUCCGACCCUGAGGUGAAGGGCAGGGAGAUGGGGGUGGAUGUGGAGUUCCCCGGGGCCGAUGCCCACGUCCAGGCUGGUGCCGUGGAGCUGGAGCUGGAGGACGCCGAUGUCAGACUGAAGAAAUCCAAGAUCAAGAUGCCCAAGUUCAACUUCUCCAAGCAGAAAGGGAAGAGCAGCGGGGCCCUGGGCUCCCCGGAGGCGUCAGGGUCCAGAGGGGACCUGAAGAGCUCUAAGGCCAGCUUGGGCUCUGCAGAAGGGGAGCUGGACGGGGCAGAGACGCCCUCGGCCAAGGGCAAGUUCUCCCUGUUCAAAAGCAAGAAGACGCGGCACCG